GAGGCAUUAUGUCAAUAUUCAAUUUAAGAGUAAAGAGAUGCGGUUUUGGUGGGUGGUUGUCUUACCAUUAAUAAGUAAUCAAUCUUAUUGAUUUGGGAAGAGAAAGAGAAUAUGAUAGAACCCUAGCUCUGAUUGUCCACAUAAUCAUAAAAACUGUUCCAAACAGGAUAGGAAUAGGGUUUCAAUCUCAACAAAAAUGGCUCAACCUCCACCUCCGGCUCUUGCUCCUGUUCCUGCUUCGGCUUCAGCUUCGGCUCCAGCACCAGAUGUUUCGGCUUGUUUUCCAAUUCUGCCUGCGGUUCCUCGAGUUUCAACUUCUUCUCAACAAUUAAUGCAUAAGAAUCGCUUGCAAGAGUUCACACAUAAGUCAUACAUACCGUUACCUGUGUAUCAAACUAUCAAUGAAGGUUAUCAACAUAUGCCAAAGUUCAGAUCAACUGUAAUAGUAAAUGGAGUAAGUUACACUUCUUCAGAUACUUUUUCUACUCGAAAAGCUGCUGAACAAAAUGUUGCUGAACUUGCCUUAAAGUCUAUAGCUAAAGAAACAAUUGUAAAUGGACUUGUAACAAAAGAAAUGGUGGAUGAAGGACUUCCUCUUAUACAUGAGGACACCGUGUUUUGCAAGUCUAUUUUGAAUGAAUGUGCCACCAAGAUGAAUAUGAAGAUGCCCACUUAUAACACCAUUAAGCCUGAAGGGUUGCUUCCAGUUUUUAUAUCUACUCUGGUUUUCAAUGAUGUUUCCUAUACUGGUAGUGUUGGAAAAAACAAGAAAGAGGCUGAACAAUUGGCUGCUCGUGCUGCUAUUUUGUCACUUUUGGAUGUUGAAGGUGAUUCUGGAAUGAGGAAGGUUCUUUACGACAUCAUUAAAUCUAAAGUCAAACUAUAUGCUGCAUUGAAUAAAGUUGAUGCUUCUUUAUUGAUGAACAAGGUGCAAAGUUCAGGUGCUGGGGUUGAAAUUGCUUUGCCUGUUACUAAUGCUCCAACAAUUUCUAACAGCAUUGUUGGUGUUGCAACUGCGACUCUUCCAAAUUUGCUGUCUGGAAAUGAUUUAAUAAAGCACAAUUUCAAUAUAGUAAAAUCAGGAACUUCUUUAGAAGCAACCAUUCCUCUAACUUCUCAAGGGGUCAAUUUACCAAUUGAAUUUGUGCAUUCAGAAGUUGCAAACUUUGAAAAUGUUACUGCUCGUACUUCAAAGAAGAGACGUAAGAACAAGAAGAAGGCUAAUAAGAGAUUGUGCACUAGUGCUCAGAUCCAUAUGGCUUCAUCUCCUUUAAAUCAAGGACCACCUUGUUCAGUAGCACAAUGAUCAGAAUGACUGUAAAUUUACAUCACUAGAUUAGGUAGGUAUGAAGCAAGCUCUAUCCUUGCCCCUUGAUUUGAGACCAAUGGGAUUUUGUGCAUUUGUUAUUGUCCUCUUCUUCUUUUGUCCUUUGAUCAACCUUUGUGUUGAGUCUUGAUCUUUUUAUUUUUUUGUUAGUGUAAUCAACCGACAGAACAGUGUUUUGUAUUUUUCAUAUGAACUGUACCUUACGUGUACUAUUAGAACACGUAAGCUCGUUUGGAACGUCGUAUUAGGUCGUAUUGUAUUGUAUUGUAAUAUAUUAUAUUGGAUUAUAUAUCAUAUUUUUAUAUAA